AUGCGCCGCGGCCUGGCUGACGGAUGCCAGGAAUUCCCAAUGAGAGGCGGAGGGGGGAAGUUUGGGCAACUCGGCCUGGCCAAUGGAGAGCCUCCGGAGGGCUCUGCCCCUGCCCCUCGCCCCCGCCCGCCUCUGCGCCCGCAGCGCGAGUGUGUCCGCCUCGCUCAGUGUGCGUGGAGAUUAGGUCUGAGCGCCGGCGCGAGGCAGGCAGUCCGCGAGCUCCAGCCGCCGCCGCCACCAGCCGCCGCCUUCGCCAGCAGCGCCGCGGCGGAACCGGGUGCAGGGGAGCUAGCCCGGCCCCGCCAGCCCAGCCCAGCCCAGCCCUAG